CUCCCCCCUGCCUCCGGCGGAAGUCAGAGCACCCGUUCCUCGUGGCUGAUCGCAGGCAUGGCGCACUACAACUUCAAGAAAAUCACGGUGGUGCCGUCAGCCAAGGACUUUAUUGACUUGACAUUGUCGAAGACUCAACGAAAGACUCCGACAGUUAUCCAUAAACAUUAUCAAAUCCAUCGCAUUAGACAUUUUUAUAUGAGGAAAGUCAAAUUUACUCAGCAGAAUUACCAUGACAGACUCUCACAGAUUCUGACGGAUUUCCCCAAAUUGGAUGAUAUUCAUCCAUUUUAUGCUGAUUUGAUGAACAUUCUGUAUGACAAGGAUCAUUACAAGUUGGCUCUAGGACAAAUAAAUAUUGCCAAAAAUUUAGUGGACAACGUUGCUAAAGAUUAUGUGCGGCUUAUGAAAUAUGGUGAUUCUCUCUACCGCUGCAAGCAGCUGAAACGUGCAGCCCUUGGGCGAAUGUGUACUAUUAUCAAAAGACAGAAGCAGAGUUUGGAAUAUUUGGAACAAGUGCGUCAGCAUCUGUCCCGUCUGCCGACCAUUGACCCGAAUACAAGGACCCUGCUUCUGUGUGGAUACCCAAAUGUUGGCAAGUCCAGCUUCAUCAAUAAGGUGACGAGAGCAGAUGUGGAUGUCCAGCCCUACGCCUUUACCACCAAGUCUCUGUUUGUUGGGCACAUGGAUUACAAGUAUCUGCGCUGGCAGGUGGUAGAUACUCCGGGGAUCCUGGACCACCCUCUGGAGGAUCGCAACACCAUUGAGAUGCAGGCCAUCACGGCACUGGCUCACCUGCGAGCCGCGGUUCUGUACGUGAUGGAUUUGUCUGAGCAGUGUGGGCACGGACUCGGGGAGCAGCUGGAGCUCUUCCAGAACAUAAGGCCGCUCUUUGUCAACAAGCCUCUUAUCGUUGUAGCAAACAAAUGUGACGUGAAGAGAAUAGCUGAACUUUCUGAGGACGAUCAGAAAAUAUUUCUAGAUCUUCAGGCUGAAGGGUUUUCUGUGGUGGAGACCAGCACCCUGACGGAGGAAGGGGUUAUUAAAGUGAAGACAGAGGCUUGUGACAGGCUUUUGGCUCAUCGAGUUGAAACCAAAAUGAAAGGAAAUAAAGUGAAUGAGGUGCUGAACAGACUGCAUUUGGCUGUUCCCAGCAGAAGAGAUGACAAGGGGCGGCCCCCAUUCAUCCCUGAAGGAGUCAUGGCACGCAGAAAGAGAAUGGAGCUCAGGGAGCCGAAGAGGAGGCGGGAACGGGACAUUGAGCUGGAAAUGGGAGAUGAUUAUAUUCUGGAUCUUCAAAAGUACUGGGAUAUAAUGAAUUCAUCUGAGAAACAUGAUAAGAUACCUGAGAUCUGGGAAGGCCAUAACAUAGCCGACUAUAUUGAUCCUGACAUCAUGCAGAAAUUGGAAGAAUUAGAAAAAGAAGAAGAGCUAAGAACAGCUGCUGGAGUGUAUGACAGUGAAUCUGAAACUGAAGAUGAAGAAAUGGUGGAAAUCCAACAGCUGGCAAAACAGAUUAGGGAAAAAAAGAAGUUGAAGAUUCUGCAGUCUAGAGAGAAGGACACACAGGGACCCAGGAUGCCUCGGACAGCCAAGAAGGUUCAGCGGAAGGUUUUGGAGGAUGAGAUGCGCAGUCUCGGUGUCGACAUGGACAACAAAGACAACGCCCAUUAUAUGGUCCAGGCCAGAAGGUCUCGGAGCGUCACAAGGAAAAGGAAGCGGGAAGACUCUGUUCCGCCCACGUCUGUGGCCCGGAGUCGCAGUUGCUCUCGGACCCCACGUGAUGUUUCUGGUCUCCGCGACGUCAAGAUGGUGAAGAAAGCCAAGACCAUGAUGAAGAACGCUCAGAAGAAGAUGAAUCGCUUGGGGAGGAAAGGGGAGGCAGACAGACAUGUGUUUGACAUGAAACCCAAGCACCUGCUCUCGGGAAAGAGGAAAGCUGGUAAAAAGGACAGGAGAUAGUGUCCAUCGCAGCUGAAGCGCUUUGGCUCGACUUCUUCUUGGUUUUACAGAAUUGGAGUCGUGAUCUGUAAACUGAACAUGACAAUGGAAUAACUCAAGCACUUGUUGCUUUGCUGAAAGCUGUGGUUACCCGAUAAUUGUCCAGGUGUGGGGGAUUUUUAUCGCUGCAUAAUAUUACAGAUAUUUUGAGCAGGCAGUGGUUUCUCAUUUAUGGAGUUUUGGUGGCUUCAGACUUGCAGGGCUGGAAGGAUAUAUUUAUGUGACUACGUUGUUUCUGAUGGAGAAAAAUCUUACUCUCUUGUGCAAUAGGGAACUUUGGUUUCACUGCAUGGGAAGAGUCCUUAGCUGGUGAAAGCUUACAGAUGUCAGGAUGCCAGGACUAAGUUAUCUUCUAGUCCUUUUGUACAAUGUACUGUUGUAGUCUGUCUUCAACUAUUUUAUCCAAAAUAAACUUCCAAAAGAAAGCA